CAUUUCUUCUAUAUAUAUAAAUCGCAAAUGCGAGAGCGCCGGUCAGGCUUGAGGAGAAAUAUGUUGCAAGUCUUAACACCGGACGAAGAGGAAAGGAAACUGGCCAAAUCACGUGCAAAAUCAAAGUCAGCUAAAGUCAGUCAAAGUCAUAUGGGUUACAACAACAACACAAGUGCCGUAAAAGUGCAAAACCAGCCUGUCAAUCAGAAAUUGCAGUCACCUGCGUCAAGUAAGGGAGAAAGGCUUCAGUCAGUCCAGAAGAGACUUGAAAAUGGGACAGUUUUUGAGUAUAAAGCACUGAGAGAAAAGGAUGACAGUCGUUUUGGGCCUGUUAUGAUGUGUGCAAAAUCUCGCAAACAUCGAGAAAAGAAGAAGGAGAUGUUACUGGAAGGCAGUCGUCUGAUAAAAGAUGCAGUUGAGGCAGGCUCCGUACUGAAGAUGCUUUUUUUCAGCAGAGUAGAAGCAUUGGAAGAUCUUCCCAUGGACACUUUAAAAGUGCCAAUAUACAAAGUUCAGCAUCACAGUCUAAAACUAUGGUCAGAUUUGGUGACACCUCCAGGAGUCAUGGGUAUAUUUCAAAUUCCUAAUCAAGGGGAGAUAAGCAUGGAGAGGACAGAUGUUAUUCCGGUGACACUGGUGUGUGAUAACAUCAGGGAUCCAGGGAAUCUGGGGACCAUCAUUCGGGUGGGAGCCGCCGUGGGUUGUGAGCGAAUCCUCUGUACAAAAGGCUGUGUGGAUAUCUGGGAGCCAAAAGUGCUGCGCUCAGGAGCAGGAUGUCAUUUCCGGGUGCCCAUAAUUAACAAUCUAGAGUGGGAGACUGUGGUAAGCUACUUCCCUGCCGAGUCGAUGGUGUGCUUGGCAGAUGUGGGUAAAGUACGCCAGUCAAAGGAUUACAGGAGCAGACUCCGGGUAGAGGACUUAAGGAAGCUACUGGAGCAGAGCACAUCAAAAGGAGCUUUAGACCAAGGCACCCUGCAAGCCUCUGAGGACUUUGACAUGGAUUCAGGAUCGAACAAUGAGAAAACACUGUACAGAGACAGACACACUCUAGCAUUGUUCAAAAGACUACAACUACCAUCAAACGUUUACCACCAGGUGGAUUUCAGCAGGACGUCGUCAGUGUUGGUUGUCAGUAACGAGUCAGAGGGACCCUCACCUCAGGCUAAGAAAGCUGUUUUCGAUAAUUACGGCCAAGCAGUGGUUGUUCCCAUGGCAAUGAAUGUGGAGAGUCUAAACAAUAGCGUGGCCACAGGAGUAAUUUUGUUUGAAAUUAAGAGACAGUUGACAGUGAAAGACAAGAUAGAUGUAGAAAACUAAAUCACUUCAAAUUUUGCUGCAAGAAAGUGAUUUUUUAUACAGACAACUAAAUGUCAUUUGGUGCUGACACUUUAUAGCAAGUUUAUAGUAGUGGUAGAAACUUUCUGUAGUUUACUGUACUUAAUAAGGAAUCCUGAUUCACCAGCAGGCCAUGUGUGUUUUCAGUACACUGUUGGCGUAACCUUGUUGUUCAGUUUGUUAAUGAAACCAAAUCUGAGAAUCUCUCUUGUACAAAAAAUGUUAUGUA